UUGCAACUUUCCUCUCUCCAGGAGAAAGUAAAGCAUGAGCCACUGAUGGUGCACCUCCAGGACCGCUCUGCUCUCCUUUCACUAAGAUCAAACUAACACAUUUCACACGUGGAAACAUCAGGACAACAUCCGGCUCUGCAGAACAAACAGCCGAUGCUUCACUGCGAGCGUCUCUGCAAACAAAGGAAGCUCAGAUUCAAUCACUUAAGAUCGUUUGAGUCUGAACAACGAUGUCUAAUGAGUAGAUUUCAUUGUAACCUUGUACUCAGCGCUUUGUUCAAUGUUUCCCAUCAGGUUGAUGACUCGAGAAACUUUGUGUUCACGGUGCUGGGAGAACGGGCCACUGGGCUCAGGAAGGUCAGGAACUGCGCCAUCUGCUACGACCCCUGCAGGCGUGCAGAGGAGUGCGCCUUCAUCCAGGAACCAGUGCUGCCUCAGCAGGCGGAUGUGGACCUGGUCAUGGUGCUGGACAGCUCCAGGGAGAUCCAGGCCGAUGAAUACGCCGGUGCCCGGCAGCUGCUGAGCUCUGUGGUGGAGCAGCUGGCCGUGAGUCCACAGCCCCGCCGAGCCGGCCGCCAGGCCCGAGUAGCUCUGGUCCAACAGAGCACCAAGGUGGAGUUCGGCCUGCAGACCUACCAGAAUGCUGGAGACAUGAAGACGUACAUGAUGCAGAACAUGCAGCAGCAGGGCGGCUCUUUGGCGCUGGGACAGAUGCUGGACUACACCUUGAGGGAGGUGCUGCUGAAGGCCGGCCAGCCGCGCAGCAAGAGGGCCGUCCUGACUGUGGUGGGCACCAAGACGGCCUACAGAGACCAGGCUAAGCUGCGCUACAUCUCCCAGAAGGCCAAGUGUGAGGGGGUGGCGCUGUUUGUGGUGACGGUGGGUGAUCGUUACAACCGGACGGAGGUGGAGGAGCUGGCCAGCGUGCCGAUACAGCAGCACCUGAUCAGACUCGACAGGCUGAAGGCCGACGAGCAGGGCUACGCCCAGCGCUUCAUCAGGGUCUUCCUCUCCGCCCUCAACAAGGGAGUCACCUCGUAUCCUCCUCCCUCUCUGAGGCGAGCAUGUGACCAGCUGGGCGGCCAGGAGGGAGGACAGAUAUUCAUAACGGGUCAGGGCGUGGCACAGCUGGAGGACGUGUUUGGAGAGGAGGUGGAGGAGGACUUCCAGGAGCAGACCGGAGGACAGAUUCAGACCGGGCAGCUGGACGUCAUCGACGCUCUGAUCAGAGGAAACGGCCAGAAAGUCAUCUCUGACACGCACGCCAAAGCCCGGUGUCAGCUGCCCGCUGAUAUCGGCAACCAGUGUAAGAAAUACGCCACAGCCUGGUUCUUUGACACAAACGUCGGUGCAUGCUCUCGGUUCUGGUAUGGCGGCUGCGGCGGCAACGCCAACCGCUUUAGAACGGAAUAUGAAUGUUUCCAGACAUGUGGGAACCAGCAUCCCAAUGUGGUGGAGAAGACUCUGCCUGCCAGCUUCGCCUCUAAAGAUUCCUGUAUCCUCCCUCAGGACCGGGGCAGCUGCGACAACUACACGAUGAUGUGGUUCUUUGACGCCGCACAGAAGGAGUGCGCUCGCUUCUGGUACGGCGGCUGCGGCGGCAACAAGAACCGCUUCCUGACGCAGGAGGAGUGUCAGAGCCUGUGUGGGACGAAGAUCAGAUGAGGAGGACGAGAGCGUCACGGCUGAACACGCAUAAGGAAACCUGCCGAGGCCACUCAAUGAAUUAGUCACAGCAUUUACCCGCCCUCCCCCGCCGCCAUCAGGGAAACUGCUCGAACGCUUUCAGUCAUCUGUCGCCUGCUUUUUGUUUGUUUACACGCAUGUUCGAUUUAAAGAGGCCCAGAAAGGUCACAGGAACGAUCGCCUAAGUCUCAGUCCCAGCAGGUGUGACCUGUAACAGCUGACACGGUCGCUGCUCAUCGCACUGGUUUGUCCUCGUCCACAUUAGGAAACAUAAAAAAGUGAGACAUACAAAUUCGGGACUUGCUGUUUGUACAGUUAGCCUCAGUCAAAGAGGCCACGCCCCCUGUAACGCAAACUUUAAAACAGGCUGGAAAGGUUUAACGUGCGAUUCUAUGGCGACUCACUCACUGCUGCCUCUGCUGGGCACAGGAGAGAUUGCAGGUUGGUGCUCAGUUCUCAGAGAUGCACGGUGCUGUAUCAUAAUCCAGCUCACAGGAAACGUGAACGUUACUGUGACCUUUCAGGGCCUCCGUAGUUUUCCCUCCAGAGCACAUCCCGUUAUCCUCGCUGCUCGACUCCCCUCACAGACCCCGCCCACGCUCCUUUCCCUCCAGUCAGGUGCUACUUUUUAUAAAUCAGGUGGAGGCUGAUGUGAGAACAAGGUUAAGACUUGAGAGAAGUUUAUGUGUUGAUGUGUAAUUUUCCAUGAACCUGAAGCAGCAUUAAAAACACAGGUAGAAGUGAAGCGUGUACAGUAUCGCUCCCACAGACGGGACUGUGUGGACUCCAUGUAACUGCAGCUUUCACUCGUCAACGAUGGUUUAAGAAAAUAAAAUGAUCUCAAGUGUC